UCCCUUCAUCUCUCCCUUUGCUACCCAUCUCUUUCCCGCAGCAGCGGGCACCACAGCCAACUCCAACGCCGGCGCCAUGAACUCUCUGACCUCUCUGGGCACCCUGCAGGGCCUGGCAGGCGCCACUGUGGGCCUGAACAACAUUAAUGCACUAGCAGGUAGCAUCAACAGUAUGGCGGCUCUAAACGGAGGCCUGGGCGGCGCAGGGCUAACCAACGGGACGGCGGGCACCAUGGAUGCGUUGACGCAGGCUUACUCAGGGAUCCAGCAGUAUGCCGCCGCAGCGCUGCCCACCCUCUACAGCCAGUCGCUGCUGCAGCAGCAAGGGGCCGCAGGCAGCCAGAAAGAGGGUCCCGAAGGUGCCAACCUGUUCAUCUACCACCUGCCCCAGGAGUUUGGAGACCAGGACAUCCUGCAGAUGUUCAUGCCUUUCGGAAACGUGGUCUCCGCCAAAGUCUUCAUCGACAAACAGACGAACCUUAGCAAGUGCUUCGGCUUUGUCAGCUACGACAAUCCAGUGUCGGCACAGGCAGCCAUCCAGGCCAUGAACGGCUUCCAGAUUGGCAUGAAGCGGCUGAAGGUGCAGCUGAAGCGCUCCAAGAACGACAGCAAACCGUACUGAUCUUAGCACUAGGGUCUAUCUGCUCCCCCAUGUUAGCACUGCUAGGAACAACCUUCAUCUCCAUGCCUGUUAUAGCUCAUCGUUUGCCUCGCAUGUCUCCGUGGCGUCCUCCCCCCCUCUCACACACACACACACACACACACACACACACACACACACACACACACACACACACACACACACACACACACACACACACACACGAACUUUGAACAGAAAACAAAGUGUCAUCGUCCUCCCCGUCAUUGUUUUUUCUGAUGUCUUUUCCGAGCUCACCUGAUCCUAACCUGGCCCUCCUCCUCCUCCUCCGCUGCCUACUGACCUUUUGACCUUUUUUGGGAUUUUUUUUUACUUCUUGUUUUUUGCUUUUUUUUGUUGUUUUUAUGCAUGUGACCUCAUUUGGAUCCGGGAGGGUUUUCAGGGAGGCGAUACACAAAAUGGGAGGGGGGGGGAGGAGGGGUCGGGUGAGAGAAAAAUGAAUCAAUGUGAAAAAGAUAUAAAGCUGCAUUCAUACGAAAAACACAAAAAAGACUGAGAUUUUUAUGGAAAAAAAAAAACACAUGUUCCUUUUCUUUUUUUUUUUUUUGAAGAAAAACAAACACAACAAACCUGUGGCAAAGUGAUUUCCAUUCAGUAUGUUUUUUCUUCUUCUUCUUUACGUCCGAUUUCUUUUUUUUUCAUUUCAAAAGUAAACUUGAAAGUUUCAACGCAGGAAUUGGCGCCUCAUCUUGCUUCUGGCGCCACCGACGCCGCCGCCGAAAAACAACACAAAAAAACCCCCAAAACACACACAAAAAAAAAAAGACCGAUGUGCGGGUCGGUUCCAGAAGCAGUCGGCGCCAGUUUCUCUGAGAAAUAAGACUACUUCCAAACAGUUUUGAAGUCAAAAACUGUCUGAUCAAAUAUUCGACUCUCUCUCAGAGCUCUCCAAUGGUUUUUACAUUUUUCAGGCAGUGUAAAGUUUUUUGAUAAGGCCAUUUUAAGUGGCUCUGUUUCUCAUUCAAAGUCUAUAUAUAGAACCACUUUUUUCUAGAGUAGUUUAAAGGGUUAAAAAAAAAAAAAGACAAAAGACCCUGUUUGGGGGGUGGGAAUAAAUGCUACCUACUUGUGUCACCUUUUGCUGAACUGACUCACAGAUAGACAAUCCGUGGUUUCAAAAUGCACAUGAUGAAAUGACCUAUAUUUUCUACUGUUUAAAUGUAUAGAGGAAAAAAAAAAAGAACUAAACUUAAAAACCAAGCGUACUAAGAUUUACCUGUAAAACCUGCGUUACCGUCGGUGCUUCUCGUGAGUUUAGUUGUGGUUUCAUCACAAGUCUACCGGUCUUAAAUGUCCUCAUGUUUUUUUCAAGAGAAGACUUUAAAAAAUCAGUUUACUUGAACAAUAGACAAAGCCUUUCAUAUUCCUAUAAUAGUUACUUUGUCCUUUUUAUUAUUCGUUUCUUUUCUUCUUCUUCUUUUUUUUUUAAAGGAGUCCCUAUUUGCUAAAAUUUCUUGUCGGUUAAUUAGCUAUAUAAAAUUCCUAAAAAUAUAUAUAAAUAUAAAUAUAUCUAUAUAUAUAUAUAUAACGUCAGCUUGUGAAGCAUCAAUGUCAUUAUUAUUUUAUUUCUCUCGUGGGAAAACGAUAUUUAGGUGUGUUUCGUUGUUCAGCAAAAUGUCUUAUAACGAGAAAAAAAAAAAGAUCAGUGGAGUUUAGUGCCAAAUUCUGAAGGUACUUCCUGCCUAGCGCGUCAGUGUACUUCUUGUGAAAUGAUUUGAUAACAUGGGUAUUUUAUUAUAAGUGUUUUGUAUGGAUCCCUCAUAUUUAAAAAAAAAUAUAGAUUUAAAAAAAAAAAGAGUUUGUUAACUUGCUAUUCUGUGGUCUUGUUGCCUGAAAAAAAAAUGUCAUGUUUGCUUUUUUUCUUUGUAAAGAUGUACAAAAAAAAGAAGAAAAAGUUCAAAAAAAGUGCCCAUGUGUCAUAUAUAUAUAUCUAUAUACACGCACACACGGACACGGACACACACAUUCUCGUGCAGACCUCACAGUUUUUUACUUUCUUUGUUGUGCAAUGAGAGCCCCUGAGUGUGAAAAGCCUCCGCAGGAAACCCCGCUACGGCCCGCCCAGCGUGCACACACACACUUUAAAACACAAGAUAUUUUUAGCCAUUGUACAGCCGUUUCACUCAUCGAAGCCUUACCACCAAAUCUUUGCACUCCUCUUCCUCUCUCUCUAUUAGUAUUCGCACACAAACACGGGCGUCGGGCUUCAGCGUGAAUCGUUCUGAUUGUUUUCCUCGCACACUCAAGGUGAGAGUCAUACAUACGCGAAGCCUUAUUUCUCUAAAAUCCCUUUUUUGUUGAGUUGUAGCCGUGCGUCACUCGCCUCAGACGGGAGGCGAGAGGAUCAUUACUUUUUGUGUAUCACCUCAGACGAGCGUGCGUUUUCUUUCAUGAUGUAAGCACAGGGCAAGACUCGCUCAGUCAUUCCAUCUUUUGAGGGGCGGGGGAGGGAGAAAAAAAAAAGCACACAAGAUAGUCGAGAGAGAGAGAGGCGGGACGGUCCCGAAGCAAGUUUGACUCGUUUCUCCUUUGAUUUUUUUUAAUCUUCCAUCAGGGUGUAAGACUUCUACCAGGUGUGAGUCUUAUCUGCGGGCCAAAAAAAUCGUGUUGAGAUGCCAAAGUGUGUUGACGACGUCCUCAUAGUCGAGCCGUUUACAUGGCACAGUGUUGUCAAGUCUAUUCAACUGCCCACAAAGCCCCCCCCCCCCCCCUCCCUGAAAGCCUAGUUUACGCUCUGCAAAAAAAUAAAAGGAAAAAAAAAAGAAAAAAAAAAGGCAGCAUUAUUUUCUACAAAAGCUCACCAGUCGCCUUAAAAACAGGGAGCGUUGUACCAGUAUUAUAACAGUAUACGAUGUUGUCAGUUAAAGUCAGUGAUGUGUGCCAAGUCCAGGUUCACGUUCAUGUACCGUUAACCUUCCAUCUGUCCGAGUCCGGGCCCGUUUUAUUUUUUGUCCUUGCAGCGUUAAAGGAAGGAGAGAACACCACGGCUCCUCCGCCUGGUUGUUGUCUCCCCGGCCAACCUGGGUUAUUAGAAACUGGAGCUACGAGGAGAGGCGUCUUAUUGGAGUAGCGACAGGGGAAAUAAAGCGCUCGUUGGCUGCAGAGGAAGGGGUCACGACGUCCGCCGGUCCACACAGGCAAAACAACCGCCGCAAGCCGAGAUGAAGGCAAUACAGCUUUCAUUAUCCUCUCAAAGACCCCGACCCAAUACCAAACUUUACAAACAGGGAGGCGAGUAGACUUUUUUUUUUUUUUUUCAAUAAAAUGCAGUAUACAUAUGAGCAGUGCCACAAACAGCCAUAACUACCUGUAUGAAAAGCUGGACAAAGAAAGAGUCCCAGUUCUAAUCAGUGUUAUAGAGGACCAGUUUUUUGUUUUUUUUUCUGACUGCCGUGCGUGUUAACGAUUGCACAUUUUCACGUCGUCACUUCUCCGCCGCACAAUUUCCUUGAACGUACAUGUGGAGGUUUCAUAUAAAAAAAGUGUGCUGUUGCAAGUUGACACCGAGCACAGGCUGUUCUUAUUCCCAGCUCGUCGAAUGCAGCGCCCGAAUUACGACCCUGCAGGAAGCCUCAUGACUGGACGCAGUUUCUUCCUGUGGCAUCUUGAGGCUUAUAGAAAACUAGAUAUUCCCAAAUGUUACUUAAUUUUUAGGUCGUCCACCAACGACCCCAAGGAACCUAUCGCACCGUUUCCACCAAGCGGUUCUGGUUUGGUUCAGUUCAGUUUGGUACGGUAAACCCUGAUCUUGCUUUGGUUUCCACAGCCAACCGCGCCCUUAUUUGGUAAGCAGAUCGAUCAUUAAUUAAGUCCAACGAAGAAGAAGAAAAAGAACGGGACACAGUAAACUUACAUUUAAAUUUAGGGUCGGAUCAGGACCCUUGGUACCCCAACAGAAGGGUACCAAAAAAGUAAGACGGUACGGAUCCCUUAUUUUGGUACCAUUCCCAACUUUAGAUGGUGGAAACGCCAAUGAAUGGGUACCGAUCUGAACCGGAACGCUUGGUGGAAACAGGACUUUAGAGCUACAGACCAAGCUGCUGCAUUUGACAAGUCUGGGGUGAGAAUCCCUUAAAUGGCCGUCUGUGUGAUUUACGACUUUUUUUUCAACGUUCCCAGAAAAAGUACGUCCUAAAUUGCCAAAUCUCAGCGCGUUGCACACAGCCCGACGCCACACAGUCCGGUGCCAAACACCACCUUGUCUUUGUUUCAAUGUCGAAGCACAAAAAAAGGGGUCGUAGAAAACGGGGGGGUUUUUCUGCCGAGCGGCUCGCCUCAGGGGCUUUCAUGGCCGAUGCUUGUUGUAAUCUUUAUAUCUUGUCACUGUUCACUUCUCUGUUCUCCUUCUUUCUUAAUUAUCUUAAGUGCUAUUUAUCAAACAAUGAAAAUCUGAAAGGACAAAAAAAAAAAAAAAAAAAAAUUUGAACUUGUCGUUUCUUUGCAUUAUGGCUUAUGUCAAAAGUUUUUUGAGGAAAAAUGUUUUGUGUGUUCUCUUUCCGUGCCGUAAAAAAAAAAAAAUGAGCUUGUUGUCUGUAGAAAUUAUCCAAUUUUUUUUUUCAUUUAUUGUUUUUGUUUCUUUUUAAUUCUCAAAAACGUUUUUGUUUUUUUUCAGUAGUUUUAUUGUCUUGAGAGAAGCCAAAGUCAAUGCAUUUCAGUGGAUCCUGUAAGCGUGAUGUAUGUUUGUUUGACAACACUUGGAAAAAUCUGUCACUGGAUGGGAUUUAAAAAGUACAAAAAAUGCAGGCUUUCCUAUUUCUACAACUGAUUGUACUUAUGCAUUUUGUACCAGUGGAAUUUUUUAUACUGGAGAUUAAAGGAUACAACAAAAAAAAAUCUUAGAAAAAACGCUGUCUGGCCUGGUGGUGUGGCCUGACCCUGACUGGUCCCCGAGUAUGAUUUCUAGCUGGCAUCAAGAACGUUGGCUUUUGAUAUAAGAUUUUCUAGAAGAUCUUUGGCUUUAUUUCUUUCACUUCUUUUUCCUCACUUCAGUGUUGAUCUUCCUUUCCACCUUUUCUUUCUUUCGUUUCUUACUUUGUUUUUUUCCCAGAAAAAAAACAGAGGGUAGGUGAGUGUUUUUCUUUUUUCUGUUAUUUUAUUUUUAUUUUUUUGCUUUUUAAAUAGUUCUAGCAAGUUUGUCUAUACAACAGCAGUAAGUUUCAUUUGACUUCUGUAUUGUGCCGUCUACACGAUAAAGACAAUUAUAGAAAAAGAAGGAAUAGAAAUAUUUAGUCACCUUCAGUGGAUUAAUGUAUUAGUUUAAUAAAGAGAUCAACUAAUUAGAAAUCUUUUUGCUUUUAGCUGUUUAGAUUUUUCCGGUUUCUCUGUCCUUCUCUGUGAACUAACUGUGUAGCUGAAGCAGUCAGAAUUAUUUUUGUAAACGUAUGUUCUUGUGUGAUGCAGUUUUUUGCUUCUGUCUCCUAUAUUAAACCAUUUUUCCUAAUA